AUGGCGCGGAAGAUCAGGUUAGGAAUUAUCACGCCCUCUUCCAAUACCAGCCUUGAACCUCUCACACAGGCCAUCAUCUCCGGGCUUCCUGAUGUCACCGUCCACUUUUCUCGUUUUCGAGUUCUGAAGAUCAGCCUAGAUGAGGAUGGGCUUGACCAGUUCCAGACCGAUAACUUGAUCUCAGCCGCUCAGCUUCUGGCCGAUGCCGAGGUAGACAUGAUCGGUUGGAGUGGUACUUCGUCGGGUUGGCUGGGGUUCGAGGCCGAUGAGAGGCUAUGUGCGGACAUAACUGUGGCAACAGGAAUUCCCGCGACGACUUUUGUUCUAGCACUGAACAAGGUCUUGCAAGAGUUCGAAGUCAAGGAUCUUGGUUUGGUCACUCCUUACACAGAUGAUGUUCAGGAAGCCAUCAUUCGGAACUAUUCGCGUGUCGGAGUGAGUUGCCAGAAAGAACGACAUCUUGGCCUUGCGGUGAACUCGUCUUUUGGCCGCGUCAACGAAACCACGUUAGAUGGCCUGGUGGGUGCUGUGGUGGCCCAGAAGCCAGAGGCAGUGGCAAUAUUCUGCACGAAUUUGAGAGCAGCUCAGAGAUUAGCUUUCUAG